AUGGGUCCGUCCACCCGCCAAGGUCGCUGGAGGCGGCAGCAGCACCUCCCUUCGCCAACACCAACUGUGGAAACUGGACUCACUUUCCGUCCCGGUUUGUUGGAAGAGGUGGACGCCUCGUUCGCUCCAUUCUACAAAGAAAAGCUGCCUUCAUUCCCCGCUGGCCCCCAAAUCGGCUUCCCCAAUCAAGAUGACUACCAUCACAACCACGCCUGGGCCACUACUGAAGGAGACCACUGGUUUCCUCAAUAUGCCGCUCCGGACGGUGUCAUCGUCCAGCCCGAGUUACCGGCUGGUCUCCCCCCAUUCCCCUCGGCUCACUGGCUAGCUGGUGUUGGUCUCAAUCAUCCCAGGCCCAGUAGCACUGUAAGCUCCUCCACUCGAGCCUCGUCUCUCGAGUCGACUGGCUCGUCACUUUCCCCUGUUCAGACGGACGUGAGCGACACAAGGACCGUCCGCUCCCGCUCCCGCAACCCCAGCCCCCUAAGAAAAGCAUUGGGUGACCCAAGCCCACACGUAUGUAAUUGGGCUGGCUGCGACAGCGCCAGCUUUGCAACUCGCGCCAAGCUCGUCUGGCACGUCCAGGCCGAGCACCUCUUGAUCUGUCCUGCUCCUGGCUGUACCGAAAAGGACUUUGGGAGCACCAGAUUGCUGAGUGCCCAUCUCUCCGUCGUUCAUCCUGAUCAGGGGAUAGAGGACGUUAAGGAUUGGCAGCUGGUGGCUCAACCCGACAAGAAGAAGCAGAAAGAAGAGCAGCAGCAGAAGCAACAGCAACAGAUACACAUCUCUCCUCAGCGCAACCACUUCGCUCUGCCUCCAAAGCCAGCACAGCCAGCAUCGGCACCAGGUCGACAAGGAGGCGAUAUUAUGACACAAAAGCUAUCAACCAUCGCGAAAUCGAAGCGAAAAUGUCAGGAACAACUAAGAAGCGUGGUUGAGAAAAAGGUCAAGAGAAAGAUGGGUCAAUCUCCACCAGCCUCGAGCCCGUCUGAUUUCGUACGCAACCGAGUAUCGAGCCUUGUCGACACGGCUAGCUUCCCAAUCGUAUUUGAGCACGCCGUGCUUCCAUUUCUGGUAGAGUUCGUCCCGGUGUGGGCUGGUCCUCGCCAUGUCAUCAGCGUUUGUAGAGGAAAGACGCGCGAGAGUAGACGGAUAAGCAUCAUGACCGAGAAAGAGAUGUCCUUCACCAGAAAGGUCAUCAUCGCUCGGCAUGUGAGGGAUCUCCUCCCGGAAAACCACCGCCCCAACGUAUCAUUCACCUUUCCCACUGGCAAAGUAUGCCGUACUCAUUCCGCCUGGGCUAGAGGCCUUAGUAAGGAACACCCGGACGACAUCUGCAUGGCUCGAAACCCAUACUGUUUCCGUGUUCCUUGCAUGGGAGACAGCGUGGGCAUUGCUGGCAACGAAUCACACACAGAGAGCACAGCGACGCUGGGACCAUGUCUGGAUGUGGACGGAGGAACCUUCUGGCUGUGCAACUUUCAUCCAUUCCUCGAAGCCUACGGGACCACCAAUGUUGUCAAGGUCGAGCACCCAUCACCUCGUGACCGGGCUAGUUGCAUAGAGAACGCCCACGAUGCCAUUUCCCCCAACACCGACUUCCAUAUCGGAGAUCUUGUUGUCACAUCAGGCCUCAAUCUCCAGACAACCAGGAUUUCCCAUGACCCCUAUUGGGAGGAUUGCGGCAAGGAACCGCCACUUGUCGUGACCGACUGGGCCCUCGUAUCUUCACAUUCAUCGCGCGCCAACAUGUUGAGACGGUUCCCUUCAGAGACACACCCUACCACAAAGGAGGCGCUAGUGAAGUUGACUUCUGCUGUUAACCCUGGAGCCUCAGUUCUGUCAAGUGGACGGACCUCGGGCUUUCAGCGUGGCCAGAUCUGCGAAAUUCCUGCUUAUAUUAGUGGCGAGGAAAAUGGGACGGAGAAAGCCACCCGAGAGUGGUUUAUAGAAGAGCCAUGGCCUUGCAAUGAUGAGGAGGCCUGGAUACGGGGAGGCAUCGGCGUCGAAGGUGACAGCGGUGCCGCUGUUGUUGAUAUGGAAACCCAUGCUCUCGUAGGCCAAAUUUGGGGGAGGAACAAGUAUUUUGGAGCUGGACAGCGAAUUACAUUCUUCACCCCUGUCGCUGAUAUCUUUGACGACAUCCAGGAGAAGUGCGGGCAGGAGAAACGACCUCAACUGCCCCAGUACCGAGAUGAAGCUGAUAGGUUAGCCAUGCUACCCACCUGUCGGCAGUGCUACGACCUCCGCACCUACCUGGACAGCCGGAGAAGCUCAAGAGUAUCACUUGCGAGUAUGAUGAUAAGUGGUGACGCUGAUCACGAUGUCACGUCGAUUGAGGCUGUUUCAGAGCUAGAUACGCCGCGAGACUACUCUCGUGGUCUAGGCCCAGAGGAGGCAUUUCUCGGGUUUCUCUCGCCAGGCCAGCACGUAGCCAUUAGUGAGGGCCUCGAUGUAAGUAGCCCCUAUGCCCGGACCCUGGAACUGGACACUACCGACGAGGACGCAAAGCCCGUACCUACCUCCCUUGGACAUCCGAAGAAGAGGACUCUCGAUUCCAUGGUUCCUGUUGCAUGGCAAGCUUUGAGCUCAGGUGGAACUAAGAAGCAGAAGACGUCUUGA